AGCACAUCACUUAAAGUCUUGUUUAAAAUUAAAUUCCUUCUCAUCUGACAGUCAUAUCUCUAUAUAAACCAAACAGUUUCUGUUUAGGGGUAAUAACCCUUGGCCUUAACUCACUCAGAAGAUCCAAAAUGUAUACUCUGUCAAAUGUCCUGUUCUUACUCUCUCUAUUUCUGUUUUUGUUGGUUUUGCAACAAACAGCUGAAGCAGAAAGAAGUUUGGAGCAUGAGUUAACUUGUCGUAUUCCGCAUAAAGACACAGAAUUAACCAAUAAUGUCACUAAUUCUGCAAUUGUAGUUCAAAGCAAAUGCAAUAUUUUUCAAGGAAAAUGGGUUUUCGAUUCUUCUUAUCCUCAAUAUGAUUCUUCAAAUUGUCCAUUUAUUGACCUUGAAUUCAAUUGUAAAAGUAGACCUGAUAAAUUGUACCAGAAGUAUAAGUGGCAGCCCUUUGAUUGUAAUUUGCCAAGGUUCAAUGGGGAGUAUUUUCUAAAUAAAUGGAAGGGAAAGAAGAUAAUGUUUGUGGGUGACUCACUGAGUUUGAACCAGUUUGAAUCGUUGGGUUGUAUGCUACAUUCUUGGGUUCCUAAUACUAACACCACAUACUUUAGGGGAGGUGUUUUACGUUCCCUUACUUUUGAGGAAUUUGGAGUGACAUUAAUGCUAUAUCGGACACCGUUCUUAGUAGAUCUUAUGAACAAGAAAGAAGGAAGAAUAUUGAAUCUUGAUUCAAUAAGUGGUAAUGUGUGGAAAGGAAUGGACAUGCUUAUUUUCAAUUCUUGGCAUUGGUGGACUCAUACUGGUCAUGAUCAGCCGUGGGACUACAUACAAACUGGGAACAAGCUAUAUAGAGAUAUGAAUCGUAUGGUUGCAUAUUAUAAAGGUCUUACAACUUGGGCCAGAUGGGUUCGACUUAAUGUUGAUCCUUUUAAGACUAAAGUCUUCUUUCUUGGCAUUUCUCCUUCUCAUGAAGCAGGAAGUGAUUGGAAUGAACCAUCAAAAACAUGCUCAAGUGAGACUGAGCCAUUUUCAGGCACAAAAUACCCGGCAGGUACCCCACAAGCUAGGACUAUAGUGGAGAAAGUACUAAGUAGGAUAAAAAAUAUAGUGUAUUGGCUUGAUGUCACAAUCCUUUCCCAAUAUAGAAUGGAUGCACACCCUUCUAUUUAUAGUGGUCGAGGUAGAGAUUGUAGUCAUUGGUGUUUGCCUGGAUUGCCCGAUACUUGGAAUCAACUUCUCUAUGCUGCUCUCUUCUAAUUACACUCUAAUUAAAACAAAAUCUCUAAUUAGAGCAUAAUUAGUAGGUCAGACGAUCAUAUCGUGAGACGCUCUUCAUACAUGGGCUGAAUAGUCCAACUAAUGCAAUUAUUAACACAUAGGCUUCUUGUUUAGAAGUCGUAUCAUUGAGUGAGAGUCUCUCAUAAAAGUAGUUCUAAGUUAAUUGUGUAUGAUUUUGUUUUUAUUUGUUAUUUUAAUUAAUUCGGUUGAAAGUGAAAGUAGACCUAUGCAACGGGGCAGAGUAGAUUCUUUAGGUCCUUAUUUGAUCUUUCAUUACCUUUCAAGUGUAAAUUAAUUUAACUUUGGUAAAAAACUUGAAACAUCGUAGAAAUAUUAUUGCUAGUUUACAAAUUAUGAUGCAA